CGGGCGGGGGGCGGCAGCAGCAUGUCGGCCGCGGGGGGCGGCUCCUGCGGGCCGGGCGCCGGGGCCUGCGGCGGGGGCGCCGCCGGCGCUGCCUCGCCGCCCGGCGGCGGCGUCUCCAUGUUCCGCUGGCUGGAGGUGCUGGAGAAGGAGUUCGACAAGGCCUUCGUGGAUGUGGACCUGCUGCUGGGCGAGAUCGACCCCGACCAGGCCGACAUCACGUACGAGGGGCGGCAGAAGAUGACCAGCCUCAGCUCCUGCUUCGCCCAGCUCUGUCACAAGGCGCAGACCGUGUCCCAGAUCAACCACAAGCUGGAGGCACAGUUAGUUGAUCUGAAGUCUGAAUUGACGGAAACUCAAGCAGAGAAAGCAGUACUGGAAAAGGAAGUGCACGAUCAGCUUUUGCAACUCCAUGCUGUUCAACUUCAGCUACAUGCCAAAACUGGCCAGAGUGUUGAUUCUGGGGCUAUUAAGGCAAAAUUGUCUGUCCUUUCUGUGGAAGAACUGGAGAGAGAGCUUGAAGCUAACAAGAAAGAGAAAGUGAAAGAAGCUCAACUGGAAGCUGAGGUGAAGUUGCUGAGAAAAGAAAAUGAAGCACUUCGUCGACACAUAGCUGUGCUUCAGGCAGAGGUUUACGGAGCAAGAUUGGCAGCCAAGUACUUAGAUAAGGAACUAGCUGGAAGGGUCCAGCAGAUUCAGUUACUGGGCCGCGAUAUGAAGGGACCUGCUCAUGACAAGCUCUGGAAUCAACUUGAGGCAGAAAUACACCUUCACCGUCACAAAACUGUUAUCAGAGCCUGCCGGGGUCGAAAUGAUCUAAAACGACCAAUGCAAGCGCCACCAGGACAUGAUCCAGAUGCUUUAAAGAAGAGUCAAGGUGUUGGACCAAUCAGAAAAGUUCUGCUUGUUAAAGAAGACCAUGAAGGACUAGGAAUUUCAAUCACAGGUGGAAAGGAGCAUGGUGUACCUAUACUGAUCUCUGAAAUCCAUUCUGGACAACCUGCUGAUCGAUGUGGAGGACUGCAUGUUGGUGAUGCCAUUCUGGCAGUAAAUGGAGUUAAUCUAAGGGAUGCCAAACACAAAGAAGCUGUAACUAUUCUUUCCCAACAAAGAGGCGAAAUUGAGUUUGAAGUAGUAUAUGUUGCUCCAGAAGUAGAUUCAGAUGAUGAAAAUGUAGAAUAUGAGGAUGAGAGUGGACACCGUUAUCGUUUGUAUCUUGAUGAAUUAGAAGAAGGUGCAAAUUCAAGUUCUAAUCGGAAAGAAGGAAAUGUGGAUGUCAAGCCAUCACAAGUGUUUGAUAAGAAACCAAGUAUUGAUGGACAUGAAAAUGGAGACCUGGGGAAUUCAGUUGAAGCUGCAUUAGAAGACACUGCACCCAAAUUAGCCCGUUCUGCUGAGUCUUUAUCGUAAAAAAAUAAAUAAUUUUUUUUAAAAAAAAAUAAAUCAACUGGACAGAUCCCACUUUGGGGAACAACUGAUAAUCAUUAUUGACUGCUCCAAGUUGCAUAUACUAGUGUAGGUUGUAAAAGGAUGAUUAGAAGUCAAAGGGAACGGUAUUAUUGUUGCCUGGAAAAAAGGCGAUUACCUCAGGACUUCAUUGUGAGCAAUUCUAAAUGUGGAAAACACUUUUGUGUGACACACAAUAGUUACCUGGCACAUGGCAUGUGAAACGAGUUUUCUUUUAAUAAUAAGCACCAAAGCAUGGAAUUCCUAAAAUGGAUAAUCUUAAUAUGUUCAGCUUUGAAUUUUGCUAAUGUCCCAAGGGAAGUAGUAUAAAGCGUGAUGAUCUUCAUUUUGUCCCUUUGAUGCUUUAAAGGGACAGCUGAUGUUUGAUUUGGUGUGAAAAAAGUUUUAUCUCGGGGGAUGGGGUGGAGAAUAAAUUGUACUGUUACAUCCCUGAGUUUUCUGCUUGGGAUUUUUUAACUGCAACUUUAAAAAAUGACAACAUUUUUCUCCAAAUAGCAAAUAACAGAACUUUUGUUUGAGAAAAGGCCAAAAAAAAUUGAGCAACUGAGUACUUGUUAAUCUUGAUCUUUCAGCCCAUGAUCAUUUUGUGAUUGAGACUUUUGGCAUUAUUGUUUUAAUCAAUUCACUGCCAAUUGGUGCUGUAUUUGAAACUUACUCCAGAAAUAUUUAAACAGAAUACUAUGGAGUUUUAAAAGCAAAAUUAGUUUUAAAAAAUAUUCAUAAUUAUGUGUGCCCUUUGGUAUUUUUUUUUCUUGAGCAUCUUCAGUUUAACAUCCAUUCUUGAAUGGAUAUGGUCACUACUAGUGUGUAAUGGUUUUAUACAUUUUGAAUUGGUCGUCAUUGGCUUGACCUUAUGAAAUGCUGAGCGCUUUUGCUGGGUACUGAACAAACUCAUUUCGCAUUAAAUUAAUUUUGAAGACAUGAGUUGAGUGCGCAGUACUUUAUAGGAGCUACUCAGAAUCAUACAGUGUCUGGCCUUAUCUGUGUUACAAUAUGAUAGUCCUGUUAACCUAUAAUUGUCUUAUUGUUGAAACAAAAUGUCUUAUUGUUGAAACAGGAUGUUUUUUUAAAAAGCAAUGUAUCUUAAAAUAGCUUUUAAUUGGUGUUCAUCUAAAGGUCCAAGGCAUGGUUGCAAUAUCAAGGAUGAUUUCUUGGCCAUUUCUUAUAUUAUAUUUGUAGAUCUUCUUGUGAAGUGCAGUACUAUCCAUAUGCAAACUACAUAUUGUAAUACCGUUUAUUAUUUCAGUAUGCAAUGCCUACUUUCCUGUUCACUGCUCUGCAGGCUAUUGAACGGUAAUGUGAAAAGAUGAGAUUUUGUACUUUGAGAGUGGAAUUAAUGUGAAAUGGAAGCUUUGCAAGUGUUACUGUAUAAGAUGUACAUACAUAAGAAAAAACUCAAAGGCCUUUAGAGUAAUACCAAUUAAUCUAAUGUUCAAAAUUGUGAUGUAGAACACAGUUACAGUUACUUGUUUCUCCUAGGAGCACUAUAUAUAUAUGUUUAUAGAAAAAAAUCUUUAAAAUGUAUAUACUUUAUUCAAAGAUUUUGCUAUUUAUAAAUCCCUUAACUUUGCUAUUUACGUGAUUGUGUGUGUGUACAUACAUGAGUUCCAUUCACUCAAUGGAAUUACGUUAUUUGUUUCACUUUUUUGUAAUAGUCCUUGUCAUACGGCAUACAUUUUUAAGAUCUAAUUUUAAGUCUAAUUUCCAUUUGGUGAUAACAUUUUAAACUAGUGUUUAAAAACAGAUCUGUGUGAAGAAGAAACAGAUCCCCAGGCAUGUUUCUUUUUCUGAAACUUAAUGAAUUUUUAGAACACUUGGGCUAUGUAUUAGUAGAUAAAUCUACUGCCAUAGUUUUGCAUCUAGAUUUCUGUUUUUCUUACAGCUGCUCAAGUAAGGUGCUCUCUGAAGCUGGCUGUUGCACAGGACACUCUAUAUUCUGUCUGUCAGAGAAGAUGGUUCAAAGCCAAGUUAGGGAUUUUGUCGUCUUUGAAAAACAUUGCUAUGCGAAACCCUGCUGCAGUUGUAAGAAACAAAGGCAUGUCUAACUAGUCCAGUAAUCUUUAAAAAUAAUAAAUUUGCCUGUAUAUUUUCCCUGUAUCUGAGAGAAGGAAUGGAUUUUAAAUUUAUUAAUUCUUCCAUACUUCUUGACACACCUCGUCAUUUUUGACCAGCUUCAACCAGAAGGGGGAGAAUGUUACUGGAGUUAUUUUCCUGACAUUCCGUGUCCACCAGUUUCUCGUGAUGCUAUGCUCUUUCAGCAUUCUCUGGAAGCUGCUGGACUCUUUCUCUGCUGUUACCUAUUUUUAACCAGUGUAUGAGAUCAAUAGAAGGAAUAUUUGCUGAGAAGAAUGACCAGAAGAAUAAACAAAUCAGGUGGCAGCAAAUUAUCGUCAUAUUUCUUCCUCACAGUUUUUAUAUCUUUGUUUAGGAAGCCUUGAAUGGGAGGAUUUUGCUCAGACACUACAGUAUGGUUAUACUCCACACUUAUUACCAGCUGAUUUUAACAUAGUGAUUUAUUGCAGUCAUACAGAGAUAGUUGGAGAUCAAUAUCUAAGCUGAGAAGUUUUGCAAGUUAAGAUUUCCAAGUUCAGUAGAGAAAUACAUACUUUUUCCUCUUUUGUCAGUAACUGGAAGAUGCAGACCUGCUGAUUCCCAGUUGAUGAAUGAAUUUGACUUGGGAGAAUUUCCAAGUCAAGUCAAUAUUCAGACUUCAUUUUUAUUUUUUGAAGUGUAAAAUAGUUUACUUGUGUGUAUAUAUAUAUUUUUACUUCAAAAAUAAAAUUCUAAAGAGAGAUGUAUGAUUCUUUUACUUGUUGAAAAGAAAUUUUCUGUGGACAAUUGUAUGUUAACAUAAAGGUGGAGAGUAUUUGUUGGUGUCUGGGCACAAUGUUUACUAAGAGCAUGUAAGUUAAGUGCUUAAUGGCAAUAAGUUUAAUGCUGAUCAAAUACUGUAUGUAGUAUUUCGUUGAUAGAAGUGUAUUUAUGGCAGUGGAGAAGAUUUGUAUCUAUCUCAAUGCGCAUUAAUCCACAGUUAAGUCAAAUAACAUUCAGAUGUUAUUUAUUGUAGCUGUUCAGACAUCCUUACAUUCUUGAUUUCGCUCACGCCUGCAGAUGUAAUAUUUCAACAAAUGUAUUAUAUCUAGUUAAGUUGGAUUUAGUAUUUUUAUUAGUCUGUAAAUAAAGAUACUCUUCUGCAUUGCGGUGA